UAACUCAAGCUGUUCACCUGUUUAAUUCGAGGGGGCUAAGAAGGUUAAGUUCGUUCAAUCAAGCCGGUGACCGCGUUUUUGACGACUCAUAUUUUUAAAAUGAAAUUAUACGUUUGCCUUCUGCAUGAGAGCACGAACAGUAUACCAAAACUGAUACAACACGCUAAUGCUAACAACUACAAUGUGGUGGCCACAUCGAUCAAUGCUAAUAUGGUCCCGCUGGACCCAUAUGAGACGGACCCCACAUACCCGGGCACAUUGCUGAACGCUGUCGACUGGAACUCGAAGAUGAUUUUCUUGCUGUCCGAUGUGGAUGUCGAUUCCCCGAACCCCAAGUUACGCGAGCAUGCCAAACAGAUUCUCCUUCGAGAUGUAGCAUGGGCGGAGCAUUUGCAGAAUGUUGGUAGCAUGAUGAAGCGACUGCGGGGACCAAAUAUCGACAACUUGGCCGAGAUCGUAAGGGCCAAAACGAAAGGCAACUGGUUUAUACAAGUACCAAUCAGCAACCCAGAGAUAGGUAGCUUCGAGCACCGCAAAGACGUCACCGAUGCAGAAAUAGCCGAGGCGGAGGCGAAAGAUCCAUGGACUUGGUGGAAUAGCCUGCGCUUUGCCGUCAAGCACAACAGCAAAGUGAAAGUUGUAAUUGAGCUGAAUGACUUGAAUCGUCCCAGUAAGGAGACGGUUCGCCGGUGGCUAGGCGAGCCCAUCGAAGCCAUUAUCAUUCCAUCCUCUCUGUUCAUCCGAAACAAAGCCAACUACUAUGUUCUGCAGAAGCAGUGGCAGAUAGUCAUAGGCCACUUUCUCUCGGCACGGGCCAAUAUAAUAAUCUCCGCCAAUCCGAAUGACCUGUCUAUUUCCCAGUACGCCGAUUAUUUGCGGAAACUCGCCAGUGACCACAACGACAGCCACAUUCUUAAUAGUUAUGAAAACGUUCUGGAGAUUCCACUGCAACCUCUCUUCGAUAAUCUGGAUAGCUAUACAUACGAGGUGUUCGAGUCGGAUCCAGUGAAGUAUAAAAUCUACCAGAACGCGGUAAAAGCGGCUCUGAUUGAUCGAGUGAGCGACAUAGACGCGCCGAACAAGCUGACCGUAGUGAUGUUGCUGGGUGGGGGACGUGGUCCUUUAGCGAGGGCCAUCUUUAAUGCCGCGGAAUUGACAAAGCGUCAGGUGCGACUCUACAUCAUCGAAAAGAAUUCCAAUGCCAUUCGCACCCUCUCCCAUAUGGUAGAUACUCUUUGGGAAGACAAAGAUGUGCACAUAUUCUCCAAGGACAUGCGCGACUUUUCACCUCCAGAGCAGGCUGAUAUUCUCGUCUCCGAGCUGCUUGGCUCGUUUGGGGAUAACGAACUGUCGCCAGAGUGCCUUGACGGCGCAUUGAAGCUGCUCAAAACGGAUGGCAUAAGCAUACCCUACAAGUCAACGUCGUACAUCAAUCCAAUCAUGUCAGCAGUGCUGCAUCAGAAUGUCAGCCAGAUGGACACCAUCGUUCCAGCCUUCGACUAUGGUUAUGUAUCACUCCUCAAAAACGUUUAUCACAUUGACAAUCCCCAAGCUCUGUUUGAAUUCUCACAUCCGAAUCGUGAGGCGACUAUUGACAAUACACGCUGCAAGGAGAUCUCUUUUACUGUCCAAAAAGACUGCGUGCUACAUGGCAUUGGUGGCUAUUUUGAUACAAUGCUUUAUAAGGAUAUCCACCUGAGCAUCAACCCACUGACCCACACGCCCGGCAUGUUCUCGUGGUUUCCCAUGUUCUUUCCGACACAUCCGAGGACCCUCAAGGAGGGACAGACAAUCUCAGUCAAGUUCUGGCGCUGCGUCGAUGCGGACAAGGUGUGGUACGAGUGGCAGGUGAGCACACGAGAGGUCUGGGAGCAUCACAACGCGGGUGGAAGUGGCUACCACAUACGACUUUAGUUACAUUCAAUCUUUCGAGAAUUGACCAC